AACAGGUGCAGAUCGAUGACGAUGCAUCACCAUCAUGUUAUCCUUCACUCUCCUCUCUGGAAACACGAUCAUAUCCGUCGCGGCAUCCAACCAGACCCGUCUGCUGAAAAGCUCCGAGAGAUGGAGCAAGGAUUUGUUUUAGAUUGCAUCCAUGUGGAGAAAGUAAGAUACAAGUGGUCUGCCGACAUCAUACCGAAGUACGAUGCCCUGUUCGACCCCCAUGCCAGUCACUACUUUCACUCACCAAUGGUAAGAGGAGUCAUAGGCAAAACGCUGGGAAGAAAGUUCCUCCCGAAUAUUUGGCAACCAGAUCCAAUUCGCCCAUUCUCACCCCUCACACCAACCCGCCAAAGUCGAUCACCAAUUCGUUUGUCACUAUCGGCUCGAAGACGAAAUCCACGAUCACGCUCUGAAGAAACUCUUCGACAUAGAGAAAAUGACUUUAUUGUAGACAGUGUGUAUGCAACCAACCAGUCUACAAAUAGGAAGCCAUUGAUCAACUGUUACGAUGCAUUGAAUGACAAACAUACUACUGGAUACUUCAGAAGACCAAGGGUGAAAGCAGUGCUCGACUUCGCCAUGAUGAAGACCCCCGGAUCAAGCAAAAUAGAGUCAACAAGAACGUACACACCCGGGAGGAAACGAUCAGUUACUUGGUGGACACCCCCUAAUUUUUUGGUCUUUCGCCGCCAAUGCUGGCUACAGACCCCUGUUAAGCCCCUGAAGGGAUACAAAUUUCGUUUUGCUUGCCAGUGUCGGAACUCCUCUGCCUCACCGGGAAAGUGCACCUACACCCAGUGCACCCCAGCCUUCGCCCUUGGCGGCCCCCCAAACUCCACUCUUGCUCCGAAAGCCUCUCGUCACAUUCAAGUUGUUGAGGUUUACCCGAUAAACAAGGAGCAAUAUACAAAAAUGCCCGACUCUGCAGCAAAGAAGACAAAAAAGCAACCCCGUGGCCCACCGACACCUUCUGUUGAACAAUUGGAAGAGUUGGAGAAGAAUUUCUUAUUAGACUGCAUCGCAAUUGACACGAUAGCCAAAGAUUAUUCUAUGGCACAGCCGAAACUUGGACCAGCUAUCCCGGGGUAUAAUUCACAAAAGGACAAACAUGUUAAUCUAUAUUUCACAAGAGCGCAAGUUAGCACGACACUGAGGAAGACGGGACAGGACAAAGGAGGCACAUCAAUUGAUGGACCAGUCAUCGACCGAUUCAUUGAGUCAGGAGCAGGGUAUAAGUACCUCCACGCACGUAACCAAGCACCUGGAGCUGCCAAAGCUGGACACUGUAAAGACCAAGUAAAUGGUCACGCCCAAUUCCUCCAAGAUGCCAAACCCAUCUUUGGUUACCAUGGUGAAUAUGGAUACAGGAGAAACAGUCCAUGGCUGAGGAAGAUGCCUUCUCCCUUUGGUGUUGACAUUAGAUCCCCAACUCAUUGAAAAUGUAAUAUUAAAGGACAAGUCCACCCCAACAAAAACGA